AUUUCCUAUUUUUAGCAAACCAUCAACUACUUUAUUUUCGAUCAUGGGUGUAACCGAAUUUGAAGCGGAGAUCAUUUCCUCUAUUCCUCCGGCCAAGUUAUUCAAGGCCUUUGUCUUAGACCUUGACAAACUCAUCCCUAGGGUCAUGCCCGAAUCCAUCAAGAGUGUCGAGACACUUAAAGGCGAUGGAGGGCCUGGAACAAUCAAGCUCUUCACUUUCGGCGAAGGUUGUCAAUUCAAAACUGUGAAGAAUGUGAUCGAUGUUUUGGACAAAGAGAACUACACUUAUAGAUAUAGUAUAGUCGAAGGGGACGUUUUAAUGGGCAUACUAGAGAGAAUCUCUUACGAAAUCAAGAUCACGGCCAGUUCUGAUGGAGGCUCCGUGUCCAAGAACACGAGCAGAUAUGUGACCAAGGGGGACAUCAUGAUCGAUGAAGAUAAAAUCAAGGAAGGGAAAGGAAGGGCAUUCGCCUUGUUCAAGGCCAUAGAAGCAUAUGUCUUGGAAAACCCUAAUUACUAAAUGACAUGUGGACAUUAUAUCUUAGAAGCCUAUAUGAGAUAGGAUGUUUUGUUUUUAAUGUAGAUGGAUGUUUUGGUUUUUAAUUUAGAUACAUUGAUAUAAAAACGUUUUAUGAGAUCAAUA